CUCCGCCCCCGGCGUCUGCCUCUCCGGCGCUGAGGAGGGGGCACUUCCGGGGGUCCUUCCCCUUUAACCUCCUCCCCCUCGUCGCUCUCCCAGAGCUGACGGCUGAGACCCCACCUCGGGGGCGGGGCCCUCUCGGUGACACGUCGGACAGCAGCAGCCUGGGAGGCCCGGGCGAGCAGUGCCGCUCUAAGGGCCGCCGACCCGCCCGGGGGUUCCGGGCUUGAACUACUAGCUCUGCUCAGCGGGGAGGGAGCGGGCCCGCCUGCUGGGCCCGGGCCCUCCGGAUCCGCCCCCUCCCCGGUCCCGCCCCCUCGGAGCCGCCUCGGGCUGCGCGGGGGCCGGGGACCCGCGGUCGGGACGCCAUGCGGGCGUCGCUGCUGCUGUCCGUGCUGCGGCCCGCGGGCCCCGUGGCCGUGGGCAUCUCCCUGGGCUUCACCCUGAGCCUGCUCAGCGUCACUUGGGUGGAGGAGCCUUGCGGACCCGGGCCGCCCCAACCGGGAGACUCCGAGCUGCCGCCGCGCGGCAACACGAACGCGGCGCGCCGGCCCAACUCGGUGCAGCCCGGAGCGGAGCGCGAGAGGCCCGGGGCCGGCGCAGGCAUCGGUGAGAGCUGGGAGCCUCGUGUCUUGCCCUACCAUCCUGCACAGCCAGGCCAGGCCACCAAGAAGGCCGUCAGAUGGGUUUCAAGGGCCACCUUGGGAUGAGAUGGGAGAGGGAGGAAUGUACUCAUCACAUUGAUGACUCUGCCCACGAAUUGAAGUAAUUUCUUCUAAGUGACAGUGAAUUCCAGUUGUACAACUUACCUUCUACCUUAGGAAGAACUCGGUAUAUCAGCACGGAGCUGGGCAUCAGGCAGAAACUUCUGGUGGCAGUGCUGACCUCACAGGCCACGUUGCCUACACUGGGUGUGGCUGUAAACCGAACUCUGGGACACCGAUUGGAGCAUGUAGUGUUCCUGACCGGUGCGAGGGGCCGCCGGACACCAUCAGGCAUGGCGGUGGUUGCACUGGGUGAAGAGCGGCCCAUCGGACACCUGCACCUGGCGCUGCGCCAUCUGCUGGAGCAACACGGCGAUGACUUUGACUGGUUUUUCCUAGUGCCUGAUGCCACCUACACCGAGGCGCAUGGAUUGGACCGCCUAGCUGGCCACCUCAGCCUUGCUUCGGCAACCCAUCUCUAUCUUGGCCGGCCGCAGGACUUCAUCGGUGGAGAGACUACCCCAGGCCGCUACUGCCACGGGGGCUUUGGAGUGUUGCUGUCUCGCACCCUGCUACAGCAACUGCGCCCCCAUCUGGAAAGCUGCCGCAAUGACAUCGUUAGUGCUCGCCCGGAUGAGUGGUUGGGACGGUGCAUUCUUGAUGCCACAGGCAUGGGCUGUUCUGGUGACCAUGAGGGAAUGCACUACAACUAUAUGGAACUGAGCCCCGGGGAGCCUGUGCAGGAGGGGGACCCUCGUUUCCGCAGCGCCUUGACAGCCCAUCCUGUGCGUGACCCUGUGCACAUGUACCAGCUGCACAAAGCCUUUGCCCGAGCUGAGCUGGACCGCACAUACCAGGAGAUUCAGGAAUUGCAGUGGGAGAUCCAGAAUACCAGCAGACUGGCUGCUGAUGGGGAGAGGGCCUCUACAUGGCCAGUGGGCAUCCCAGCACCAUCUCGCCCUGCCUCACGCUUUGAGGUUCUGCGCUGGGACUACUUCACGGAACAGUAUGCUUUCUCCUGUGCUGAUGGCUCACCCCGCUGCCCACUGCGUGGGGCUGACCAGGUAGAUGUAGCUGAUGUCCUGGGGACAGCCUUAGAGGAGCUCAACCGCCGUUACCAGCCAGCGCUGAGGCUCCAGAAGCAACAGCUGGUGAAUGGCUACCGGCGUUUUGAUCCAGCCCGAGGCAUGGAGUACACACUAGACCUGCAGCUGGAAGCACUGACGCCCCAGGGUGGCCGCUGGCCCCUCACCCGCAGGGUACAGCUCCUUCGGCCCUUGAGCCGAGUGGAGAUCUUGCCUGUGCCCUAUGUCACUGAGGCUUCUCGGCUCACUGUGCUCCUGCCGCUGGCUGCAGCAGAGCGCGACCUGGCUUCUGGCUUCCUAGAAGCCUUUGCCACUGCAGCCCUGGAACCUGGUGACGCAGCAGCCUUGACCCUGCUGCUGCUGUAUGAGCCACGCCAGGCCCAGCGGGCAGCCCAUGCGGAUGUCUUCGCACCUGUCAAAGCCCAUGUGGCAGAGCUAGAGCGGCGAUUCCCUGGUGCCCGGGUGCCCUGGCUCAGUGUGCAGACAGCCGCGCCCUCUCCACUGCGGCUGAUGGAUCUCCUCUCUAAGAAGCACCCGCUAGACACUCUGUUCCUGCUGGCCGGGCCAGACACAGUACUUACACCUGACUUCCUGAACCGCUGCCGCAUGCAUGCCAUCUCUGGCUGGCAGGCCUUCUUUCCCAUGCACUUCCAGGCCUUCCACCCUGCUGUGGCUCCACCUCAGGGCCCUGGGCCCCCAGAACUGGGCCGUGACACUGGCCACUUUGAUCGUCAGGCUGCCAGUGAGGCCUGCUUCUACAACUCCGACUACGUGGCGGCCCGUGGCCGGCUAGUGGCGGUCUCGGAGCAGGAGGAGGAGCUGCUGGAGAGCCUGGAUGUGUACGAGUUGUUUCUGCGCUUCUCCAGCUUGCACGUGUUGAGGGCGGUGGAGCCAGCCUUGCUGCAGCGCUACCGGGCCCAGCCGUGUAGCGCGCGGCUCAGCGAGGACCUUUACCACCGCUGUCGCCAGAGCGUACUGGAGGGCCUUGGCUCCCGCACCCAGCUUGCCAUGUUGCUUUUUGAGCAGGAACAGGGUAACAGCACCUAAGCCCCGCACCUGACCCUGCUCUCCCCUGUAACCUGGAGGCACAUUCCAGCCUCGCUGGACAGGGCUGGCUGUAGCCUCAGACCCUAGGGCAGCCCACUGGUCCCUUGUCUCUUGCUUCGUUGGACCCAUGGACUCAGGACAAGCCCUGAGACAGGUGCCCUAGAGCCAUCCUUUCUUGUCCAGUCUCCCUGCCCCCUUGACGCUGCUGAUUCAGGCUGUGGCCUCUUUUUUAUGUCUAACGCCAGCCAUGCUUCCUGGGCUCCUUUCCUGGGGGCUGAGCUGUAGAUGAGUUAUUGGAGAAGGUGAAGCUGAGAAAGGAGGGGUAUGGGAUCUAUUCUCCCUUCCGGAUCCAUGAUGGAGCCCUGGCUUUAAUAAACUGGCUAAGUGUGGACUAAUGAA